AUGCGUCGAACUCUUGCAUUCGCGCUUCUCGUAGCGCUAUCAAACGCCGCCGCGAUCCAACCACGAGCUUCAAAAGAGCCUCUGUACCAGAUUGAGCUCGCACCCGGCGACGUGCGCACUGUCACCGAGGAAGAGAAAUGGGCAUUGAAGGCUGAAAAUGAACACUUCAUCGACAUCACAGAUCUCGAUGAUGAACCUAUCUCUAAGCGUCAAGUCGCCAGUUUCCCCGCCGCUGUCGCGCAAACAACCGCCGUGAAUGCUCUCCUACCCAAGCUGAGCCAGUCGCGAAUGCAAACGGCGCUCACCGGCCUCUCUACAUUCCAAAAUCGAUACUACACUUCGACUUACGGACAGCAGUCCGCCGAGUGGUUGCUGGGACAAGUUCAAUCCAUCAUCUCGGCGAGUGGCGCUUCCGGUGUCAACGUCACAACCUUUGCGCAUUCUUUCAGACAGCCGAGCAUCAUCGCCACUAUCCCUGGAAAGAGCACCAAGACAAUCGUCGUCGGUGCUCAUCAGGAUUCUGUCAACCUUCAGAACCGAGCUUCGGGCCGUGCCCCUGGUGCUGACGAUGAUGGGUCGGGUAGCAUCACUAUUCUUGAAGCUUUCCGCGUUCUCUUGACAGACUCUCGCAUUGCGUCUGGCCAGGCGGCCAACACCAUAGAGUUCCAUUGGUACGCUGGUGAAGAGGCUGGUCUGCUUGGCAGCGGCGCCGUCUUCCAACAAUAUUCCCGUCAGGGCCGAGAUGUCAAGGCGAUGCUCAACCAGGACAUGACUGGCUACAUCAAGCCCGGCACGAAGGAAGUCAUCGGCCUCAUCACCGAUAACGUUGACGCCUCAUUGACAGCGUUUCUCAGGAAGGUCAUCGCGGCUUAUACGUCCCUUACUACCGCGGAUUCCGUGUGCGGCUAUGGAUGCUCUGACCACGCGUCCGCAACCAGGGUAGGCUACCCUUCAGCGUUUGCGUUCGAGUCCACGUUUGAGGAUAGCAGCCCCUACAUUCACACUGCUCAAGACACGCUCAGCACGGUCAACUUUGCUCAUGUCCAGCAAUUUGCGCAGAUGGUGAUAGGGUUUGCUUACGAGCUCGGAUUUGCAACGCUGUGA